GUUUAGCCUGUGACCCUCUGUGCAAAACAGACCAAAACACAUCAAAUCUAGCAAGUAGGUUAUAGUACAAUAGGUAGUCUAUAGUUUAUCGACUGUGGUGGAUAUAUUAUCUUUUAUUUCUUUAAUCCUUAUUUUACUUUCUGUUUUUAAUAUUCUUUCGCUACCCUUCAAAAAAGGAAGCAAACAGAACAUAAUAUGGGUAUUCACACACAUGCAAGCUCGUAGAAAUAGUAUAAUUAACCGCGUUGCUCGUCGCUAUGCGCGAGUGCCUGGUGAACACGGUGAUGGCAGUGUCCCUGCAUUUUAUCCCAUAUCUAUCAAUCCCGGGCUGUGGGGACAGCCCUUUGCGAAAGUCAAAAACGGCAAGUACCAAGUUAUUUUUUUCCAUUUGCUGAUCUUCCCAAUAGUGUUUUACUGGAUCUUUGAUGUCACUUUCGGGCAGCGCACGCGCAUUGGGACGAUUGGUAAGCGUGCACUUCCUUCAAACUUCGCUUUUAGGCAACUAGACCUGGACGAUCCUGACCAUGCUAUUAAGUACAGAAAGCUACAGGAGGAAAUGGCCGAAAAUAAACUAGAGGUUCGUUGGGGCGGUACAAAUUUUUUGGCAAGUUAUUUGUGGGAACCCGGCGAUCCAGAGCCCGAUGUUCGGCGAAAAGAACCCCCCAAACAUGCUCAUUGACACCAUUAGUUAAUUCCCACCAAACCAUGUUAUAACGUUUUUUUAUCUUUGCCUUUUUACUUUUGCGUAGUCUAUAUAUUAGGAAAAGCAUUUAACAUAGAGGAAAGCAUCUGUGGAUCGAAGAUGUGGGGUAGAUUUCUUUCCUUGCCAUUUCUCUUCUGGAAGUAUAGCAAGGAUGAUG